AUGCGCAUGCCCACUCCCCCCAAAGUCGUCGGCAGACUAGUCCCUUCUGAGGUGACUCACGCCAACAAUACGUGUGUUUCCAACAUCUUCGAGAAAGAGGACCUCUCUUGUGGUGCUGAUGAGCUUCGUGGUAUCCAGCGCUCCAUUGCUGCGCUGGCCGCUUGCCUUGGCGUUGCCAAAACGGUUUUCGCGCCAUUUUCCAAAUCUCUGGUCUCGAAUGUUCCCGACGCCAGCCGCUGCGCUGCACUCCUCGAGGUUUUGACUGGUCAAGUCGCCGGCAAGGCGAAGCCAACAGGCGAGGAAAAACUCGUCGUCAAGUUGUUGUUCGAGAAUCUGGGCUUGCACUUGGCUGCGGAAGGCAUCGCGCAAUGCAAGGCCACUGGCAAACUGCUUCUGGUUACGCUGGUUCACGAUCUCAAGUCCAAAAAGACGGCUGAAGACGCCGCCAACCAAGUUGCCCGCGCCACCAACCAAGCUGCAGAAGCCAUCGCCCAAGCCAAAAUGCGAAUUGCAGAAGCCGCCAACCAAGUCGCAGCAGCCAACGCCCAAGUUGCAACAGCCACCAACCAAGUUGAAGCAGCCAACGCCCGAGUUAAAGAACUUUGGGCAAAGAACCGUACGCUCGAAGCCAGAAAGCUAGAACUUGAGGCAAAGGGCAAUGCAAACCCCGCAACUUUCCCGCCCGUUCCCCAGCUCCACGGUGUCAACUUGACACCUGAUGUCGACAAGUGGCUUCUCACUCGCCCGGAGCUGCAAGAGAAAAUAGUCAACGCCGGCGAUCGAGUUCUAGUCACUGCACCUCCAAUUCACGCAUUGCCCCAAAACCUCGAACUGUGCUAUUGA